AUGCCAAAAAUACGACGCGGCAGCAACGAUGAGACUGCUCGAACUGAUGGUUUUGUGACAAAGAGGCAUCACGAGAGUGAAGGCAAUACACCCGGAACGCAGCCUUCCGACCUCAUCAGUGCUCUUCAUGCGUUCAUACAGAAAGAGCGCAAGACCAACUUCUCGUUCUUGUCACAGCACAGCCAUUGUCACAAGCAUCAAAACGAGCUACUCGUAGUAUCACAGGCGGACGCCGACGAUGUUCAAGCGGUGCGUGACAUCGCCGGGCACGAUACGACCGCCUACAACGACUGGUUUACCUUCACCGAGCCGCUGAGAUCUGACGGCUUCGCCCGCACUGUCACGAUCGAUCUACCAUCCGACAGCCGUGUUACCGUCGAGAACAUGAUUAUCACCGCGUUUGGCAGAGUGAAAAAGACCCAGUGUAGAGCAGCUGCGUGGAUCCGCGAUACGUACUGCACUGCCGAAGACGAUAUGUGGGCGAUGAGGCUACCAGAGCCGCAGUACGCGGAGCAGCGCUUAUGGUGGGAAGGUACUGGGCAAGCUUUCCGGCUACUGGACUUACCUCUGGAGAUGCGCGAAGCCAUCUACUUGCACGUCAUCGGGCCAGUCGUUGUGCCGGAUGUUGUUACACAGCGUGGUGGCGCAGAGAAGCUUGUGCUUGGAUACGGCCUGUCAUACGAUAAUCCUGAGCGCAUAGGGCGCAAUCGCGACCCCAACAUACAGCGCCCCAAUAUGUGUAUCAUGCGCGUCAGCCGCCAGGUAAAGGCAGAGGCCACUCAAGUCGCCAACCGCGAUACCGUAAAGCGAUUCACAACCCUUCGCACGCGUGGGGACGGCAUUGGGCCCGCUACGUCACCUGACGAAAUCUGGCGCAAACUCGGGCAAAUCGCAACCCCUGCUAACUUCCUGAAGAGACUACAACUCGAGAUGACUGCAACAGAGUUCUUGGCAUUCGGCGGCAUUUGUCCUCAACUUGGACAACCGCUUCAGAGGGGCGUUGUAACGAUUAAUAUUACUUCUAUGGCUUGGUUAAGAAACCUCGAUACCAUCGAUUUCCGCUUCAUUGGUCCCGAACAUGAGCUUGCCAACUGCCCUUGGACUGGCCUUCAUCCAUGCCAAAAGAAGUGGAUUGACAUAUUUUUCAUCACCGCCUGGAAUGAUCUAGUCGCUCUUAGGAAUUCAAGAGGAAUUAAGUAUUCCAUGAGCGGCUGCAUCAAAAAUUCUACUCGCGAUUACUGGACUGGGCUCUUGAAUGACAAGCGCAUUGAUCAUACUGCCAGUAUUCGUCUUCUCGAACAGGAUGUUCAAGUCACUAUGAUGAACAACACCUCGCUUGCGUGCAAAUGCUCCAACCCAUGUGUAGGCGGGCCGCGCUUGUUCCGGGUCCAGCCGCACGAGAUGAGAUUGAUCGAAGGCAUACAGGCCGAGCUGGAUAAGGCGUAUUGGGAUUUUGAAGACUGA